ACACAUUUGUGCCUUCUCCCGCACCGUAGAAAGUCCGGAAGUCUGACUCAUGACCUCAUAGCUGCACACAUUUAUUCAGUGAUCUUCGGCUUUAAACUCUUUUUUUUGUCUCUUUUUGGAAAGUGAACCAUAUUUUUCAGAAAUAGAAAGUGGGAUUAACAAAGACGUCUCAUGCUGUUCAGUCGACUUAUGGUCUACUGAGGCAUGGCAUUCCACUCUUCUUGAAGGGAUGCCGUCAUGCCCCCAGAGAUUUUGAGUUGCGAGAGAUAGCCUGCCACGAUGUUCCUCACCCUCACUCUGUUGAGGAAAGGCAUCCCUGGAAAGCAGUGGAUUGGGAAGUACAGGCGUCCACGACAAAUCACAUGGCAGAUGAAAGCCAACACGCUGAAGCACCUGGAGCGCGAGGCUGAGAACGAAUACUGGAUAAGCCGGCCGUACAUGACCCCCGAGCAGGAGUACUGCCACGCAGCAGAGCGCAGAGCCCAGAACUGGCUCAAGAUCAAGGAAACCAAAUUCGCCAAUUUCCCUGAACACAAGAGCAUGACAGACCAUCUGAGUCAUCUGAAAAUCACCAAGACAUGGUCCAGUUAAUGUGAGCAGAGACAUACACAGACUGUCUUCAGAAUGAGACAACGCCACAUAUAUUUAUGCUGUUUCAUCAUGUUUUUUUUACUUUGUGUCUAGCUUGAAAAGCUACCAUGAAGAGUGUUCAGUCAAGUCCACAAUAGAUAAAACUCCAUGCAACAAAUCUGUAAAUUGUUCUUCAUCUCAGAUUUAAUCCACACUGCAACAAAACUGUAACAGCUCCAGAUUCAGUGCAGCUCAUUUGGAUAAAAACUGCUUAAAACUUUA